CUGCUAAUCAAGUAUCACCAACCGAUAUUGACAAAACUCCACCAUCAACAACAGUAUCACCUGAUCAAGUAUUACCAAUCGAUAUUGACAAUACACCGUCACCAAUACAUCAAGACUUGGAUGAUUCUCUCUCUCCAUCCUCCCACCCAUUACAUGAGACCGAUGAUUUGGAAAAGCAAGGUGAUACUUUGGAAACAAAACCUGAAGAAGGAUCAUCUGCUUUUGAAAUCGAUGAUGAUCAAUGUGUAGAUAAUGAUGACCAUAUCGACAAGUCUGACAAGGACAUCGCUGGAAGUACGACAAACAUGACUUUACAACCAUUGGACGAGAAUACUGAAAUACAUUCAUCACAAAGUGGAGGUGAUGAAUUGAACGACAAUCAUGAAUUGCAGCGUAUGAUGACCACUGUUACGGAUAUGAACAGAAUAAAGGAUGAUAAGGCUGGGGAUAUGUUCAACAACGACGACUACAGUGAACCGAUACUGAAGUAUGAUCAUGACAAGGAAAGCAUACGCGAUGGCAACGAUAAUCGUGACUAUUAUACCGACCAACCUGACAAGGACCUUUGUCAAAGUACGGGAAACAUGACUUUACAACCGUUGGAAGCGAAUCCAGAGAUACAUUCAUCACAAGCCGAACGUGAGGAAUCGAACGAUAAUGAUCAAUUGCAACAGAUGAUGACCACUGAUAUAAAUACAGAUAUGGAUAAAGAAAACAAUGACGAAGUUGAUUAUGGAUCCAACGAUGAUGAUAAUUACAGUGAAGAGAUGCAAGGAUCUGAUGAGGACAAGGAAAGCCUAUACGACGACAAGGACGACUAUGACGCCGAUGCAUCAGUUAUGCAACGUGAAUCAAUGAGUGAAGAGGAUUGGAAUAUGCUUAUGACACGAAGAAAACAACUGCAAAUGGAACUUAACGAUGAUAUCAAACAAUUCUUUGGACAACAAGAGCUACCUGAAACUAAAGAUGAAAUACCAAUGGACCAGUUAUGGCAAACACUGAAAGAGAACCUAGGGACAAAAUUGGAAUUACUUCAUCUACCGGAAGGACAAAUCGUGAACGAAAUUACGGCUGCAUCCAAUGCUAUCAACAAGGCAACACGCGAUUUUAUACGCGAAAACCAUGACCCAGAUCGCCAACAACUUGCGGAAAUGUUUUGUGCCAAAAUGGUCAAAAUGCUUGAAGAACAUAUUCGGAACUUUGAAGAAUUACGAUUAUUGGAAAUAUUCUCGAGAAGAGGAUAUACCGAACUCAAGAACGCCAGAGCACAGUAUUUGGAUGUCAAGACGGACUAUGACAAAUUGCGAAAGACAUAUUCAAAACAAGUGGAAAUGAUGACCAAACAAAAGCAGAAAAAGAAGCUUUUACAAGGAUACAAGACAUUCUUCCAAGAUAUUCAAGACGUACUUGCUGAAUGAAUAAAAGGAAGAUCGAUGAUUGGACAUGGAAUAACCCCUCUCUUGAAAUUCAAAAAGUCCGCUUUGGGUCACUUUGCGAUCCCCUGUUAUUUUUUUUUUUCGUUUUUUUUUU